AAUUGAAUCAUCCCUCCUUUCUCUCGCUGGUUAUCUCCUCUAUCUGCAAUGGCGACCUCCGACAACUUCUUGAAAACACCUAGUAAAACACCAAUGAACGAUAAAGUUUCUUCGUCUGCUAGAAAACACAACCACCAAACCACCUUCUCAUCGUCUUCGUCUUCCACUAAGUCCCGGUUCGACGCUUAUAACCGCCUUCAGUCUGCCGCCGUCGCAUUUGGCGAAAAACUCCCGAUUCCGGAGAUUGUAGCGCUCGGAGGUCAGUCAGAUGGCAAGAGCUCUCUUCUGGAAGCGCUACUUGGAUUCCGAUUCAAUGUACGCGAGGUCGAAAUGGGUACCCGCAGGCCUCUCAUACUCCAGAUGGUCCAUGAUCCUACUGCUCUUGAUCCUAGGUGCCGGUUUCAGGAGGAGAAUUCAGAGGAAUACGGAAGUCCAAUUGUUCUAGCAUCAGCAAUUGCAGAUACCAUUAAAUCACGAACAGAAGCUCUGUUGAAGAAGACUCAAACUGCUGUCUCUCCUAAACCGAUUGUCAUGAGAGCUGAAUAUGCACAUUGCCCUAAUCUCACCAUCAUUGAUACUCCAGGGUUUGUUCUCAAGGCUAAAAAGGGUGAACCUGAGACCACACCAGAAGAAAUUCUGUCAAUGGUGAAAUCUCUAGCUAGUCCACCUCACAGAAUCCUUGUAUUCCUUCAACAAAGUAGUGUGGAGUGGUGCUCAUCUUUAUGGUUGGAUGCCAUUCGUGACAUUGAUCCAACUUUCAGAAGAACAUUAAUUGUUGUCUCCAAAUUUGAUAAUCGCCUUAAGGAAUUUACUGAUAAAUGGGAAGUGGACAGGUACUUAAGUGCAAGUGGCUACCUUGGAGACAACAUACACCCAUUUUUUGUAGCCCUACCAAAAGAAAGAACCACAGUUUCAAAUGAAGAAUUUCGCAGACAAAUCUCACAAGUGGAUGCAGAUGUUAUACGCCAUUUACAACAAAAUGUUAAAGGUGGAUACGAUGAAGAAAAGUAUAAAUCCCACAUUGGUUUCGGUUGUCUCAGAGAUUAUUUAGAAUCCGAGCUUCAAAAAAGAUACAAAGAAGCCACUCCUGCAACAUUAGCUUUACUUGAACAACGUUGCAGUGAAGUCACAGCUCAAUUAACCUCCAUGGAUUCCAAAAUCCAAGCAACUUCUGAUGUCGCUCACCUCAGAAGAUCAUCAAUGAUGUUUGCAUCUUCAAUCUGCAACCAAGUAGGGGCAUUGAUAGAUGGAGCUGCAGACCCUGAUCCUGAACAGUGGGGAAGAACAACAGAGGAGGAGAAAUCAGAAAGCGGAAUGGGAAACUGGCCAGGGGUAAUAUCGGAAAUAAAACCACCUAAUGCUACCCUUCGUUUAUACGGAGGUGCUGCUUUUGAAAGAGUGAUGCAUGAGUUUCGAUGUGCUGCUUAUUCCGUUGAAUGCCCUCCUGUUUCAAGGGAGAAAGUUGCAAAUAUAAUACUUGCACAUGCGGGAAGAGGGGGUGGAAAGGGAAUUUCAGAAGCAGCUGCUGAGAUUGCACGUGCUGCUGCCAGGUCAUGGCUUGCCCCUCUUCUUGACACAGCUUGUGAACGCCUUGCUUUCGUGUUGAAAAAUCUCUUCGAUCUUGCAAUGGAGAAAAACCAACGUCAACAUUUUGACUGUGAUUAUGGGAAGAAAAGUGGUGACAUGGAUGGGUACGUGGGUUUCCACGCUGCAUUAAGGCGAUCUUACAAUUGUUUUAUAAAAGAUCUUGCAAAACAAUGCAAACAGCUCGUUAGGCAUCAUUUGGAUUCUGUUACAAGUUCGUAUUCACAAGUAUGCUAUGAGAGUGAUCUGUUAUUUAGUGCAAACUCCAGUUACAGAAACCAGACAUCGGUUACUUCAAUGUCGCUUGAUUUGUCAGAUCAAGAAAACAUUCCGCCGGAAAAUAACGAUCGGGAGACAACACCGGGAAAGCUUGUGAAAGCGGCGGGAGAAGGAAAGGCUUCUGCCAUGACUGUGCCGGAGACGCCGUCACCUGACCAACCACGUGAUGGGAAUUACGUUGUGAAAAAGGAAAACGGUAACUUUUUGGAAGGCGGCGGCGGGAGGAAACGGCAUCCUAGGAUUCAGAUUAAUCAAGGUAACGGUAAAGUGUUGGGAAACUUGUUAGGGCAAAACGGCGGCACGACGACGUAUAACGAGAUAUGUUGUUCGGCUGCACAACAUUUUGCGAGGAUACGUCAAGUGUUGGUGGAGCGGAGUGUGACGUCAGCUUUGAAUUCAGGGUUUUUAACCCCAUGUCGUGAGCGGCUUAUGGUGGCGUUAGGAGUGGAUUUAUUUGGGGUGAAUGAUGAGAAGUUUAUGGAUAUGUUUGUGGCACCGGGUGCGAUUGAUAUACUUGAGAAUGAACGAGAGUCUCUUAAGAAACGUCAGAAGAUAUUAGACUCUUGUUUGACUGAAUUUAAGGCUGUCGCAAGAUCGCUUUAGGGAUGGACUUUUUUUCUUGCUUUCAUCUCGUGAGCAAAUGUUGGUUUACUAUGAUUUUCAACACGUGUUUUUUAAGAGAUUUUUUCUUGUUUUGAAUUGAUAUAUACCGGUUGAAAUUGCCACUUGAAUUGUUAGG